CCACAACCGUGCAAGUGGCAACAAUAGACUGAGAUGACUGAACAUAUAUACUUCCUCUUUUUUUAAAUGGCUAACUUAUACAAUGUUGAUGAUUUUCAGCUGUACUGUAAAAUAAUCAUUUUCAAGAAUAGAUUAUAUAUUACAUGGACACAACAUGUUAUCUUUUUAUUUAUUGCCCAAUUAGCAUAUCAUUGAAUAUACUUAUUGAAUUGCCAAUAUGUUUUCAUAUUUUGUGAAAGAAACUAGUCAAUAACAGAGAUACUCAUAUAGAUAUGGAAAUUGUGUAAAUAUAUUAGAUCCGUUACAAUUAUUUAGAUAUUUUAGUCAAGAUUAUUCAUUAAGAUGUCAUCCGACAAAACCCUUAGCAAACAGUCUAAUGUAGCAUCUGACAAUGAUUCUAAUUGGUGGUUUGAGUUUGUAAACGAAGAUUACUCAACUGAAAAAUGUUUACAAUUAUUUAAGUGUUCUCGAAGAACAUAUAUGUUUCUUGUAAAAACCUUGAAACCUCAUAUAUCACCAAAAUUUGGUGCUUUACCAGAGCAAGAUUCUUUGAUACAGUUACGCAAAGGUAUCACUGUUGAAAAACAAGUAGCUAUUUUUUUGUUCAAGCUUACAACAUCAUCCGAUUAUACUACAAUUUCUAAGAAAUUCAAAAUUCAUAAAACAACAAUACAUAAAAUUGUAUAUAAAUGCAUUGUUGCAGUAAACAGAUAUCUCCUGCACAAAAUCAUAAAUAUGCCAAAAGAUGCAGAAGCUCAAAUUAUCGCCAGUGAUUUUGAACAGGUGUAUAAAAUUCCUCAAAUUAUUGGAGCAAUGGCGAUAGUACAUGUUCCUAUAUCUUCACCAAUCAAUUUAAAUUAUCAAUUUUUAAACUCUAAAUUGUACCCAUCUUUUGUCAUGCAAGUUGUGGUAGAUUCCAAUUUUCGUUUCAGAGAUGUGAGCGUUCGCCAUGCCGGAGCUGCCGAGCUUCGUUUAAUUUUAGCUGAAUCAAAUUUAUACAAAUAUUCACAAAAAGUGAUGCCGACAGAAGAAAAAUAUAUUGAUGGCAUUAACGUGUCUUAUAAAAUUAUUGGUCCUACAGAGGGACCUUUAUAUUCUUGGUUAUUAAAUAACUAUACUAUAAUAUCAUCUCCCAAAGAAGCUUUGUUUAAUAAACGUUUAGAUGAAAUAAGAAAUUAUGUUGAAACUGUGAUAACAAGAUUGCGAUCGCGAUUUUUAAUCUUGAGUCGUAUGAUGGAUCUUAGCUAUAAAGUAGCACCUCAACUGAUUGCGGCUUGUUGUAUUCUUAACAAUAUUUGUGAAACAGAAGACGAUGCUUUUCUUGAGGAAUGGUCAAAACAAUCUGCUGAAUUUUUAAAAAAGUAUCCUCAACCUGAAAUGAAAGCAAAUUGGGAGCAAGCAAGCGAGGAUACACUUCGACAACGGGACGUACUCAAAGACUACAUCUAUACCGAGGAGACUGAAAAUGAUUAGCUUUCAAUAUAAGCGUUGUAGUAUUCAGACAUACUAAGCUUUAAAUUUUACCUUUUUUCUAGUGGCAUUUUAUACAAAUUACUUUUAAAUUCAGGUAGCUUUAAAGGAUAUUUGAAAUAUUUCAUUAAUAUCCUUGAAAAUAGUUACAACAUAUCAAAUGCACAAUAUUAAGUUAAGUAAAUUCUCGAUAAUAAUUAAAGUAAAAAUGAAGUUAAAUUUCUUAAUAUUAGACGAAAAUAAGUCUUUUGACUGAUUAGUGAUUGAAAAAAAAAGCUUCAAAUCUGAUGUGAUAAAUAAAUUUAUUAGAUAAUAAUUCCAUUUUUAAAAUGAUUAAUUAUAAAAAAUAUCAUUGGAAUUUCCGUUACAAUAUACAUCUAGCGGUAACUUACUUAGUCCUUAACCAAAGAUAAACGUGCCAUUUAUGUUCUUUACAGUGGAUUGAAUAUUUUUGUUGUUUUUGUUACUAAUUAUUAGGCGAAGCCAUAGUAGUGUAUUUGUAUUUAAA